AUGGAGGUGAAGAAGAAUUACAAAGUGAAGAUCAAUACGGGAUGGGCGGCACCCCUUUUCCCUCAAUACGUUUCUACUAGCGAGCCUCGUACAGCUGCUCUCCCUCCUAUGUGUUGCAACGGCUCAGACCCUUUCUCACCCCAUUUCUCAAUACAAUAUCCAGUGUAUCCAAGGCGGCGACCAUCUAACGGUCCUAGAAUGAACACCAUACGAGCUUUGCGCAGACCAAUACUGUGUAAAGCUACCGCACUGUCAUUCAUAAUCAAUACUUUCACGAAAGAAGCCUGUCUCCGGCUGUGUUUGAAUAACACUUCUUUACAUGAACCACGCGUACGAUGGAAGUCUUUAGAAUUGGGAUGCGAUCCAGAGACGGACUUGUUCACAAGAGGCACGAUCCACAAAAUGAUAGACAGUAAACGAUGUUUCCAUAAGGGCUCUUGCAUCGGAGAUAAGUGCGGAUCCACAAUUCCUCGAGUCUUAUCCCCGAACUUAAGGAAGGGAACCAAUAUCCGGGCAAUACGGCGUGCUUCGAAUCUUGUGGAGGACUGGGUUGUGACUGUCUAUUACCUAGUUCGGGGUGCUUAUUCUACAGAAUCUACGCCACACCAGUCAGCCAAGUGUUUGAGAUCUUCCGCUGCAAUCGGUGGAAAAGCUCGGCUAAGGGCGCAAAAAAGAUCUACUACCGUAGUGAGAUUGACACCGAAUUUACCAACGCAGUGCAAGUCUUUUCGCAUGACGCUCACAUCGCUCGCAUUUCCUCCGACCCCUUUGCUCAGUACCUACUUCAUUUCCGAUCCAAGACGUACCGCAUUGUGUACUUCGGCGGAAACCCAUGUGAAUUGCAGGUGCACAGACUUUUCAAUAUCUGACUGGUUCUAUAAUAUCCGGAAUCAACUUCCUGUUGUCUUUCCAGCAAUAACCCUUUCGCCUCACAGAGCUUCAAGAGUUCAGGCAAGAGUUUUUUCUAUGGUUACAGCAGAGGUUGUGAUUACCUUUCAAGAUGCCUAUAAACCAGCGCUUCUCAUUGAUGAAGCAACCUGCGAAAUAGGAGACGCAGAUCUCACAGGUUGCUACGGAUGCGCUAAAGGUGCCUUUAGUACCGUAACCUGUACUGCCUCCAAGGAUGAUGUUCAAGCAGUUAGUUGUGAACGAAUGGGUUUCACGAUCCCUUGCAAUACAACCGGAGUGGUAUCAACCUUAAGAUUCGCUUCCACAACCGCCCAGGCAUCUCCCACAUGUUCGGUUUCCUGCGGAGGCCUAUCGCUCUGGCAUCUAAGUUCUACCAGUCGCUUCUCUAAUAACCGUAACUGCUUUUCUGCUUCUUCGAGUACUUCUUCCCCAUUCUUUGAUUUCCAGUCUCGUCGAACUCAUCGAUUGUUUCUUUCUCAUCACUGCUCUUUAUUUCCGUCAAUGUAUUACUGCGAGCCUCAACGGGAACUGCCAUGGGGCUUGAUAGUCCAAGGCUUCGAUGAUAAGGCCGUUAAGGGUAUCCUUAAAUUCGUAACCACGCAGAGUGAGAUCCUCAAUUUAUGGCUCAAAGGAGAAACAAUAUCCAAUAACGAUUUCGCGUGGCCCGAUUUUUGGCACAUAUUCACCGUUUUUGCACAAUGGGAUGAUGAUAGCACUAACCUAUGUGCUCCUCUCCACUUGUGGCUUAAAGAUGCUCUUGUGUGCUUUGACCUUGACUCCCAGGACCAUUUUCUUUUCCGCGAGAAAAUUACUCCAAGUCUGGUCCUUUUACAGACAACGAGCAAGCACCAACCAAUAGACAUCGAAGAUGUGGACAGAUUAUGGAUCAGACAUACUUUUUCUCUCCCACAUCAGAGCUCAGCUUCAGCGACAACUCUGGAGAAAGACCAGGCCAACAGCCUCCGAAUGGUUCACGGACAAAUUAAAGUCACGAAGACUUUUGGGGUGUCGUGGCAGCACCACCUCGAGCAGAAAUCUAUUCAAGAGGCCCCAGCAGGAGAACAAGUUCUCCUAAUUAGCAAAUUUCUGAGAACGGCGUUAAUCACCCGAGAGUUGUUGUGGAGCUGGACUCAGCGAUUCUUGAUGUUCGACUCGUUGUAUCCAGAGGAUGACUGA